AUGCCCAGUGCAGGAGCUGCAUUGUAUGUGCAGCCAAGCCCUGUAGUAGGUGACUGUCAACUUGAGAGUAUAGGAGUCAGUUGUGUGUCCAUGAUGGUGGCACAAGAGCCUCGGACUGCUGGUGGUUUCCAGCUGCAAUGUCACAAAGAAGUCAAAGAAAGAGAAGGCAGCGUGAAUCGUAUGGAAACAGAGCAUAAAUUUCCUCUGAAGGCCUACUUCCCUUGCCAUCACCAGCCUCUUGUAACAGCUUUACUCAGACGUCCUUUUGAAAUGCCAGCUACACACUGGUCUCAACACUUGAAACACAUUUCAGAUAUGCUGAAAGCAUUAGUAGAAGAUACAAAUAUUAGUUCUCUUGCUGACCUUUUUGAAAUCUGGUUUUUGGUUGCUCGUUUUGGAGAAUGGCUGGAUAUUGCAGCAGAACAAUUACUGAAGGCUGCUGUAGAACCAGAUGCUUUGCUGUGGCUGCUGGCAUUUUACUACUGUCCUCAGAAUGAAAAUCAACAAAGGACUAAAACAAUGGUAGAAGCUCAAGCAGUCUACAAUCAUCUAAUGAUGCUCUUCAGCCGUAUGGUCCUUUCUGUCAAAGAUGUGGAGGCUGCUGUACACAGUGUAGCAGAUAUAGAGCAGUGUUGUAACCAGCAUCUUAUAAUACAUCUUCUUACCAACUUUUUGCUCUUUUCUUCUGGUGGACAUACAAUUGCCCAGGAAUUUAUUUACCAUAUUACUGAGGCAACUGAUACAAGCAAAGAAGUUUGUAGCCUUCUUACCCGUACUGCCUACAGAAUUAACCAUAAUAGAGAAGAAAACCAAAGGACUGUGAAGCUGCUGAAUGAACUUCUUCAAAAACUAACAUUAAAAACUUAG